AUGCUAAUUGCCAGCGUUAAGUGUAUCGGUACAUGUCCAAACAACGCCAUGUACAUGGUGCUCUAUAUACUGGGGUUCUGGAUACGUCACAUUGUGUUUGCGUACAUGAAUAGCUAUUCGCCUAUCGUGGCAGCGGUAACGAGCCAAAUGACGCAGCCUAUCAAUACAUUUCUUUUAUUGAUAAUACCUUCGUGGAACAUAUAUGGCGCAAAAGCUGAAUGGUACUAUACACUCGGCUGCUUCUUCUUUUUACUUAUUUCAACUGUUGUUUUUGUUUGCUGGCAUUUUGUUCAUCGACAGCAAAACCAGCUUCAGUGGGAUUCACUUUCUAUACCGACAGUUGAAAAUUUGAUGGAAGAGGAGAACCAAGAGUAG